AUGGCUAUUAUUCAUAAAGCUUUGGCCACGUGGGUUCUCGGGACCAUCUUCCUCAUCCUCUUCACUCUUCGACUGGACGAGAAGAUCGAUUGGGACAGCUUCAUCAUCUUCAGCCCCAUGUGGGUUUUCGACGUCAAAGUUAUGGGUUUCGUGUUGUUUCGUAUCAUGAUUCAUUGCAGGCUUGGCCACGAUCAUUAUUUCGUUACCAUGCAGAAGAAAUUUUGGUACUUAUUCUGCAUUUUCUUGAAAGUUGCAUUUCAGGUGCUGCUCUGCGGGAAAUUGAAAUUCGAUUGGAGUUUCUCGUGGUAUUUUGUGGCCAUCCCCUUGUGGAUGCUGCUUAUUGCAAUUUCUGGUGAUGUUCUGUUGCAUCUUUUUGGCAGGAGGACCUAUUGA